CACGACUACAUCUGAACCGUAUAGUCUUCUUUCUCUGUCUCCCUUUCCCUUACAUCAUAUAUAUCCAAGAUUCCUAGGUAACCACAUCACUGUCGGAAAACCUCUGCUUCUUUUCCUCUGCUCAUAUGGAUAUGGGCAACCUAAUCUUGUCUCCCUUCUUCCUCCUCAUCUUCCUGCUUCUCGCUUCUCUAUCGCAACAACAACAACAUCUAAAGAUCAGCGCCGUCGAUCUCAAUGCACUCAAAAUCAUCAAAGCCUCCCUCACCGACAUCCCAGGCUCCACUUUCUUUUCCACCUGGGACUUCACCUCACCCGAUCCCUGCUCCUCCUUUUCCGGCCUCACCUGCUCUCGUAUUUCUUCCUCUCUCCGGGUCACCGUGCUCUCUCUCGGCACCGGCCUCUCCGGCUCCCACGGACUCGCCGGUUCCCUCACCCCCUCCCUUUCCCAGCUCACCGAAUUGACCCAACUCAUCCUCUUCCCCGGCCUCGUCACCGGUCCCAUCCCCUCCCAACUCGGCCGACUCACCACCCUCCGAGUCAUCUCCUUAACCAACAACCGCCUCACCGGUCCCGUUCCCACUUCUCUCUCUGCUCUAACGAACCUCCACACCCUCGACCUCAGCUACAACCAACUCACCGGGUCAAUCCCACCGAGUCUCACAGAGUUGCCUGCUCUCAAGGUCCUCAUUUUGGCGUCCAAUUUUCUGUCCGGCGAGUUACCGCCCGUGUCGACUCAGCUGUUACACUUGGACUUGAAGAGGAACAGAUUCAACGGGCCGCUGCCGUUACUGCCGUUGUCCCUCCGUUACCUGUCCGUUUCGCAGAAUUCGAUGCGGGGCCCACUCAACGGCUUGGCGUCGCUCUCCAAAUUAGUGUAUCUGGAUCUGAGCAUGAACCAGUUCAGUGGGCCCAUUCCGGCCUCCCUCUUCAAAUCUACCCUCUCCCCUUUAUUGCUGCAACGGAACAAUUUGUCUGGUGGGGUCCUUCCCGUGGGUCCCACCAGGCCGUCAUACGGCGAGGGCUCCGUGGUGGACUUGAGUCACAAUAUGUUAAGCGGAGAGCUAUCACCGGUUUUGGCGGGGGUCGAGAACUUGUUCUUGAAUAACAACCGUCUCACGGGUAGGGUGCCCGAUGAGUACGUGGAGAGCGUGUACAGCGGUAACACCAAGACCUUGUAUUUGCAGCACAAUUAUAUAAGCGGGAUGAGUUUGGAAGCCAAGGCGGCAUUGCCCGAUACGGCCUCGCUUUGCAUGUCAUAUAACUGUAUGGUACCACCGUCGGUGGGUCUCACAGCAUGCCCUGCGAGUGCCGGUUCACAGAUCUCGAGGCCAGCGUGGCAGUGCUCGGCGGUCAACAAGCCAAGCAAGGGUUGAUUAGGAAUUAUGAAAAUCAAUUAGUUAUGGUAAGUGAAUGUUAUGUAAAACUAUGGUACGUAAGUACUUUGUCUUAAUAGUUUUCACAUGAAGUGUAAGGAGUAGGGGGGUGGGAAGGGGUAUACAAAUACGUAUUUUGUUAGAUUUUAUUUUUAUUUUUAAUUUUGGGGGGAGAGAAAUAUUAAAUGAUGAUGUGGUGAGGAGUGUGAAGGAAUGAAUAAUUUGAUGUCUGUCACGCCCGCAGCAUGUGGUCCACCAGACAUGCGUCGUUUGUUUUUUUUUUUUUUUUUUCACAUCAACAUGCAUGCGUCCUUUGUUAAGUAAGUAGCCCAUGUAACUUUUUUGGAAAAAGUACCAUUUUCGAAUAAACUACAGGUAAUUUUUAAUGUUUCUUAUACUAUCUUGUGAACUGUGAAGCAAUGUCCUCCUUAAAUUAUUAAACA